GCUUUUUAAGAAUAAUUUUUGAAAACAUAAAUAAUAAUAUAUUGCGCAAAUUAAAAAAAAGAAAAACAAAAGGAGAGCAUAACAAAAAGUAAAAUUGUACUUUGACAGUUCUCAAAAAUAGCAAUAAAAAACAACAACAAUACAUGAGAAAUAAACAGCUGGUUGAUAAAUUGACGUGUUGCAAUUAAUAAAGAAAAAAAUAAUUGUAGAAGAAAAUUUUUGUAUAAAAUAUUAAUAGAACAAAAAAAGCAGAAAAUAAAGAAUUCAAAAUAAAAUAGUGAAGUGAAAGGGAUUCUUUAGCAAAAACUCCUCAUGCAUAACUAAAGAUCUUUGAAAGUAAAAAAAAGUUAAAAGCUUUUUUGUUGUAAACAAUGGAUGAUUUGUCACAAGGCGACAUUUGUCGCGUUUGUCGUUGUGAGGCUCAAUCUGAUCGUCCUCUUUUCUAUCCGUGCGUGUGCACGGGUAGUAUAAAGUAUAUUCAUCAGGACUGUUUAAUGCAAUGGAUGCGUUACUCGCACAAGGAAUAUUGUGAAUUAUGUGGCCACCGAUUUAGUUUCCAGCCCAUAUAUUCGCCUGAUAUGCCCCGUGUGCUGCCGUUGAGGGAUGUGGCUGGUGGUUUAAUAUCGGCCAUCAUGAAGGCCGCAAAGUCAUGGGCCCAUUAUUCGCUUGUGGGUUUGGCUUGGUUUGUAAUUGUUCCAUUGUCGGCAUAUCGGACGUAUCGUUAUUUGUUUCGAGCUUCAUCAUUCGACAUGAUUAUGACAUUGCCCUUUGAUAUAUUUUCCACUGAAAAUCUGGUCUCGGAUGUAUUUCGUGGCUGCUUUGUAGUGACGUGUACGCUGUUGUCUUUUAUCGGUUUGGUGUGGCUAAGAGAGCAGAUAUUGCUAGGUGGUGGUCCGGACUGGUUGGAACGUGAUGAUGCACCGGCCGUUGGUGGGGCAGAUGGUGGUGGCAACAAUGAUGGUGAAGAUGAUGUAGAUCUUAUACCUAUGCCAGGAGAGUUUGGGGGAUUGGCAGCAGCAGCAGGGGCAGAAGUGGACGAUGAGGGAGUUGGUAAUAUUUUGGAAGAAGCUAUUCAUGCUGUAGGCGAUGCGCUGUUGGCAGAUCAAGCUAACAAUAAUGAGCCAGUCGCUGUACCAGCUGUGGCUGCUGCUAACGAAAACAACAUUGUUGAGGCUCCCGUAGUUGAACCCAUGAAUAAUAAUGCUCCCGCUGUAGCAGAUCCGGCCGAAAAUGAAGGAGAUCCGCCUUUAGAAUUUGGCCCUCAGUUACCACCUGCUUUGGCAGGAGGCGGCAACAACAAUCAAAACAACAAUGCAGCCGCCAAUGCUGCUGACAAUGAUAACGAUGAGCCAAAUUGGAAUCCCAUGGAAUGGGACCGUGCCGCCGAAGAGUUAACUUGGGAACGUUUGUUGGGCUUGGAUGGUUCAUUGGUAUUUCUGGAGCAUGUUUUUUGGAUUAUCUCAUUAAAUACUAUGUUAAUUUUUGCCUUCGCCUUCUGUCCCUACUGCAUUGGCCACUUUAUAUUGCAAUCGAUGAAUCUAUUGAAUGCGGACAAGCCAUUGUUACAUUUCCAUGGCCUGAUAACCACACUUUUUGGUUAUUGUUUCAUUGGUCACAUACUGGUAGUAUUACAUUUUUUGGCAAAAGCAUUCCAUAUGAGACGAGUACGCAGUCUAAUUGGCCUGUGCUAUAUAGUGGUCAAGGUAUCCCUAUUGUCGGUGGUGGAGAUAGGCGUUCUGCCCUUGGUUUGUGGCUGGUGGUUAGACAUAUGUUCACUGCCCUUGUUUGAUGCUACUCUUAAAGAUCGCAAGGCUAGUUUUACAGCAGCCCCUGGUACGUCACUCUUUGUCCAUUGGAUGUUUGGCAUGGUCUAUGUUUAUUACUUUGCUGCUUUUAUAUCUUUACUACGUGAGGUACUGCGUCCUGGCGUUUUAUGGUUUUUAAGAAAUUUAAAUGAUCCCGAUUUUAGUCCAAUUCAGGAAAUGAUACAUCUUCCAAUUUUAAGACAUGUCCGUCGUUUAAUAUCUUCAGCCAUGAUAUUUGGCUCAGUUGUACUUCUUAUGCUGUGGAUGCCAAUACGCAUAUUGAAAACAGUUUGGCCAACAUUUUUACCGUACACUCUAUCCGGCGAUUCGGAAGUGAAUGAAUUAAGUUUACAGCUUUUACUUUUACAGAUCAUAUUACCCGGUUUCUUUGAACAGUCCCACACACGCGUCUGGCUCAAAAAGAUUUUACGUAUUUGGUGUAUUUGUGUUUCAUGGAUUUUGGGUAUACGCAGCUAUCUCUUGAGCAAUGACCCGCCAGAACCCACCAACAUUCAACAAGCCAACAAUAACAAUGCUGAAAAUCCAGCUGAAAACAAUGAGAAUAUUGAACACGAAAAUAAUAAUGCUGAGCAUGAAAAUCAACCCGCAGAAAAUAACGAAGCUGCAGCUAAUCCUAUACAAGCACAACCACAAGCACCUCCUCCGCCACCACCACCGCCACCUCAGGCUGAACGUAAUUUGGCGGCGGUACAUCAUGCCAUAAUACAUCGGGAUGUGCCUGUGGCAUUUCAACCUUACGAAAAACCCUCGAUAUUUCCUAUAAGACUAUGUGGCUUGAUAUUCUUUAUGUGCGUAUCGUUGGUGGUGGCUUCGCUUCUCACACUCACCGUACCCGUGUGGAUAGGACGUCAGGUAAUGUCUUUGUGGUCGGUUGGAAGCAUAACGACACAGGUUGUGGUUCAAAGUACUGAGGUGACACCACGUCCACACGAAUUGUAUACAGCAGCCUUGGGCACUUAUUUAUGUUGGAUGAUUACACGUGGCAUUGCCAUAGCGGUGACUCUGUUGCCCCAAGGCAGAGCCGCUGUAAUGGAUAAGAUUAAACAGUGGCUUAAGGUGGGAGCCUCCUAUGCUCUACCCGUUUUGAUAAUUGUUUUAAUGUUGGGUGUUAUACCAUUACUCUUUGGCAUGCUGUUGGAGUUGGUAGUAGUUAUACCGGUACGUGUGGGCAUACGGCAAACACCCAUUUAUUUUAUUUGGCAAGACUGGGCCUUGGGUGUAUUGUAUACGAAAAUAGCCAUUGCCUUGACACUAAUGGGUCCUGACUGGCAUCUGAAGAGGGCUUUAGAGCGUGCUUAUCGCGAUGGUCUGAGAGAUAUUGAUUUGAAAUUCUUAAUCAGCGAAUUAGCCACACCCGUCAUAACCUGUUUCGGUCUAGCGUUGGCCAUACCAUACGUCUUGGCACAUUCUAUUCUACCCACAUUCUUUAAAGAUCCCUGGGUCCAAUUAGAGAUAGCACACUUUGUAUAUCCCGUAUUCUUUUCGGUUAUUGGAGCCAUCGGUUUGGUGUGUUUCCAAAUACGCCAGUUCAAAAAGCUGUAUGUAGCCAUUAAGGUGGACAAGUAUUUGGUGGGACAACGUUUAGUCAACUAUGAGCAUCGCAAGAAACAGCAGCAGGAGGCAGCCGAUGCUGCGGCCGCGGCUCGAGAACAAGAAGAAAUGGAAAAUGUACCCAUAGCCAAUAUUGUGGAACAGGCCGAAUUGGAAAGGCGCCGCAGACAGGAGGUAGAACGUCAACAGCUGGUACAAGAUUUAGUUAGAGAUGAACUUUUAUAAAACUAAAAAACUAAAGACGUUGGGGUAUUUUUUUUAAGAAAGGAGGGGAAAAAAUCUUGUAGUAAAUUUAGCAAACCGAAAUUAAUUUGCUUAUUUUCUUUUUAUAAAACAAAAAAAUUGUUUUGUUUUUCUUUUGUAUGUGUAAAAUAAAAAAAAAAAUUUCGUUUUAAACAUGAAAUCAUAAAUUAACAAAAUUCAUUUUUACAAAUUUAUCGCUUUUCUGAAAUUUUCAAGUACCAACAGAAUUGAUGAUUUAUUUUCAAACAUAUAAUUCUUUAUACUUACAUUUUUUGCCCUUUGAAAAAGUUGAUCAAAAUCUUAACAUAACAAUUAGCUUUUUUCACUUUCUUAAAUAAACAAUUUUCUUAUUAGUACUAUUCAGUGUUGAUGCACGAAAAGCUGUUAUUGUGAAACAAAAAAGGCAACAUUUUAAAAAUGUCAUAAUUGUCACAUUAACUUUUUACCCUUUACUACAUUGCAAUAUUUUAUAUCCUUAUAUUUUAACUAGAAAUUAUUUUCGUUAUCUGGAGUUUGUUUCUAAUUAUGUAUUUUAAGGAUUGAAUUAAUUUCUAUUAAAAUUUGGAUUUCCUUCUUGGAAUUCAGAUACAAGUUAUUCAAUUUUAAAUUAAGAACAUUUAGUGAAUUUAAAAAACAUUAUUUUUUAUAUUCAAUUCGGAGCAAUAUAACGAAAAGCAAAGACACAAACGAAGACAUUUUUUGUUCGUUAUAUAGAUAAUAUUCAAAAACGAUGGGUUUAAAAACAUUAAUAACCAAUAUUUUUCUAAAUUAAAAUCGUUCAUGUUGAAAUUUUUAUUGAAUACAUAAAAUAACUUAAGUUUACUUAGGAUUUUAUGCUAUAUUAUCUCUGAAUCAAUUAAAAAGUUAGACUUUAAAUGAAGUAAAAUAAAAAACAUCUCUGUUUUCACACUUUUUCAAUUAUUUCAAAAACUAAUUUAUUAAAUUUGUAAAAAAAACUAUUAAAACCUUUUUUCCAAAUAUGUAGCUACAAAUAAACAAAAAAUUCCUAGAGAACUUCUAUUUAGUUUACACUUUAAACCACUAUUCAAAUUUGUAUUAUAUUCAAACUAACCCCUACAUACAAACACACAAUUAAUUAAUAUUAUUUAAUAAUUUCCCAAUGAUACUAAUUAUAAAAUUUGUAUAAACAUAAAUCACUAUUCAUCAUUUAGAAAAAGCAUCAUUUAAGAAACAAAAUUUAUUUAUCAAAAUUUUCUAACAAAAACUAUAACUGUAAACAGCCUUAUUCAUAAACAAUUAUUACAGUUCACAUAGUUAUUAUAAAACAAAAUUUAUAUAGACCUAUUUUCAUAAAAUUUAGCUUUAUCAUAUUAUGAUAACUUUAAUAAUUGUUUAUGCAUAAAGCAGAAAAAAUAUAUUAAUUAUAUAAUCUAUACUACUGCAUAAGUUUAUUUUCUGUUUUCCAUUUUUUUUAAUUUGUUGAUUAUGUAUUUUUUUUUUAUUAUUAUUAUUAUCUUAAAUAAAUAAUUUCCUUUUUAUAAAAGUUUUUUUUUUUUAUUU